AUGAAGUUUUCUAUUUUUGCUACUGCCGCUGCCGCUGCCCUGACUUUCCAGAUCAUGACAAUGAGAUCAGGAACGCCCUACCAGGGUGGCCGUCUCGGUUCCUCAUCGGGGCUGGUUGUCUAUAAUGGAGGCAGUGAGAUCAAGUUUGUUCUCAACGACGACGGUUCCUUGGCUGACAAGAACCUGGAGAAGUACCUCGCGGUGGAAGACGGCUGGUUUGUCUUUACCGACUCUCCCCAGAAGGACUUUUCCUUGGACGCUGACCGUUUGGCUUACAAGGAUACUCCAUCAUUUGGCAUCUGUCCAGACGAAGAUGGAAAGAUCCUGUUCAACGGUACCUGCGGCAACUACACUGGCGUUGCAUUCCAGGCUGUGGGUAAGAAGUUCACUCUUGGCUACCACCCUGGAGGCGUUCAGUUGCCUUGGGACAAAGCAAGCUCUGCAAGCUCUGGAUUUUCUACAGAGACCCCUCACACCACCAUUGCUUAG